AUGGUGACUGUAGAGUGUAGAGAUGCAUUUACUGCACAACAAGAUAGAGCGGAUAAUGCGAUUCUUAGAAAUGAUAAUGACAAUUUAAGAAAUGAGAACUGUCGUCUACAAAAUGCAUUACGUGCCCUUGUUUGCUCUAAUUGUGGGGGUUCAACGAUAUCUUUUGAUGAACAGCAACUUCGAAUGGAAAAUGCUCGGCUCAAAGAAGAGUUGGAUCGUGUAUGCCUUAUUGCGACUCAAUUCUGUGGGAGUGAUCCAAUGCAAGGACAAGGACAUGGUCCUUUAUCUUCAUUGAUGACCUCUAAUCUCGACUUGGAUAUGAAUAUGUAUCCCAGAGCAUAUGAUCAAGAGGGAUUGCAAAAUUGCAGUGAAAUGCUACAGAUGAAUCCGUUAAUGGCAUCUGAAGGUCCCAAUUUUGCUGCUGCUAAUGGGUUAAUCAUAAUGGACGACGAAAAACCUCUUGCAAUCCAAUUUGCAUUAUCGUUUAUGGAUGAAGUGGUUAAGAUGUGCAGACUUGGAGAAUCACUUUGGACCAAAGUUAAUGAUUCUGGCAAAGAAGUACUUAAUCUUGAUCAACAUGCCAAGAUGUUUCCAUGUUUUAUUAGCCAGAAAGGUGAUCCGAAUGAGUUCAGAUUUGAAGCUACUCGCGCUAGCUCGGUUGUGAUAAUUAACAGUGUCACCCUGGUUGAUGCUUUUCUUGAUGCGGAUAAAUGGAUGGAGUUGUUCCCCUCAAUCAUCUCCCGUGCAAAAACGCUUCAAGUGGUCACUUCUGGUGUUAACGGAAAUGCAAACGGUUCCUUGCAACUGAUGUAUGCGGAGCUGCAAAUGCUAUCACCACUUGUGCCAACAAGGGAAAUUCAUUUUCUUCGUUAUUGUGCACAAAAUAGCGAUGAUGGAAGUUGGGCAAUCGUUGAUUUCCCACUAGACAGCUUUCACGAGACUUAUCAAGCUUCCCUUACUAGAUACAAACGUCGCCCUUCGGGUUGCAUCAUCCAAGACAUGCCUAAUGGUUAUUCAAGUGUUACAUGGAUUGAGCAUGCUGAGGCCGAGGAUGAACCUGUUCAUGGGAUCUUCACUGAUUAUGUUAGCAGUGGUAUGGCAUUUGGAGCACGAAGAUGGCUGGCUGUUUUACAACGCCAAUGUGAGAGGCUCGCAAGCCUUAUGGCCCGAAAUAUAUCUGAUAUUGGAGCGAUAUCAUCCCCGGAAGCAAGAAAGAAUUUGAUGAAUUUGGCUCAGAGGAUGGUAAGGAUGUUUUGUCUUAACAUCACUGGCUCGUGUGGGCAAUCUUGGACAGCACUUUCGGAUUCAGUGGAGGACACAGUCAGAAUAACAACUAGGAAAGUCACUGAACCUGGUCAGCCCAAUGGCUUGAUCCUGACUGCGGUUUCAACAACUUGGCUUCCUCAUCCUCACUAUCAAGUCUUUGAUCUUUUGAGGGAUGAACGCCGGAGAUCUCAGCUUGAUGUGCUUUCAAAUGGGAUUCCGUUACAAGAGGUGGCUCACAUUGCAAAUGGCUCUCAUCCUGGCAACUCUAUCUCUCUCCUUCGUCUCAAUGUGGCUAGCAACUCAUCACAGAAUGUUGAGCUGGUGCUUCAGGAGAGCUGCACUGAUGAUUCUGGUAGUCUUGUGGUAUACUCAGUUGUUGACGUGGAUGCAAUCCAGCAUACUAUGAGUGGUGAAGAUCCAUCGUGCAUCCCACUUCUCCCUCUAGGAUUUGUGAUUGUUCCAGCAGGACAAAACCCUAAUGACAACAUCACCUCCACCACUACCGCCACCACCACCACCGGGAACUCAACUGAAUCCGGAGGAGGCUGCCUAUUGACUGUCGGACUACAAGUGCUGGCCAACGCCAUACCCACAGCAAAACUCAGUCUCUCGAGCGCCAACACAGUAAACAACCACAUACAAAGUACAGUGCAACAGAUCAUCGCCGCCCUUGGUGGGGUUGCCGCCGGGAACGGUAACAGCACUGGUGGAGGCAACAGUGGCAGUUCUGACGAUGGAGAUAAUGUUGGUGGUUUUGACGAGCCACCAACAAGACCAAUCAAGAAAGUCGAUCUCAGCCCAACUUCAAAGGUUAAUUAAACUAUUAGUUAACCAAAGAAGUAGACUGUUAUGGUUUUCUUUUAUUUAUUUUUGAGUAAAAAAACAUGCAUGAGUGUGGUUUGUGUAUUGAAGUAGGGUAGGUUAAUUAAAAAGGGUAAAAAUGUCUUUUAAGUUACAUGACAUUAUGGUGGUUCUGAAGAGAGUCAGAGUGUAAUGAAGAGAGGUGGUUGGUAGGUAGAAAGGGUCUGCAAAAUCAAUCAAUGGAAGGUGGUGGGGGAAGAAGGUGCAUGGUAACGAGGGUAGUCAAGAGCGCACCAGAUAAGUUCCUUGGGUGACCUUUUUAGGGUUUCGGGACUAAGCAGUCAACAGCAAGGAUAAUGGUUCGGGAAUUGACUUUCUUUGUUUUUUCUUGUGGUUUGUAACCCCCUUUGAAACCAUUUUGGAAAUUUGUCAAUUUCCAUUGAUCAGAAUAUUGUUAUGGACUUUAUAAUAUAUAAAAUAUUUCAAA